CCGCGCCCAGUUGCUUAGGGUUUCCGAGUACGCGCCCACGGCACGGAUACGCGCACUCCAGUCUCCGUCCUCUGCUAGACAUGGCGGCGGAUCUAAACCCAGACUGGCUCUCCUGCCUUCCUUCUUCUUGGAGUUAUGGGGUGGCUCGGGACGGAAGGAUAUUCUUCAUCAAUGAAGAAGCCAAGAGUACGACCUGGCUUCAUCCCGUCACCGGAGAGGCCGUCAUAACGGGGCACAGAACAACCCCAGAUUUACCAACGGGAUGGGAGGAGGGAUAUACGUUCGAAGGAGCCCGCUGCUUCAUCAAUGUACCUGGAGACGGAACCAAUCCGAAGAGGCUUGUUUGAUGUUUCCUCCUCUGUUUCAGUUAACGCUCCCUAGAGUCAGUGCCCUACCUAGGGCACACUCCCUGAAGUACACUAGUUCACAGUGGCUGGCCAGCCAGAACAGGCAGCUACCCUAGUGUACCGUAACCCUGUAUACACUCUAAGCCCUUUGACUCAGACUCUGAAGGCAUGACCGAGCUAAACCUACUGAGGACUAUGGAAGUGUCUCCCCCACGCCUCCCAUCAGGCGAAAACAUAGUCAUUCAGAGACCUCUACCUCCCACUGAGAUUUAUUUUCAGUUGUUCUGGUCAUUAAAAAUACUUGUGUCAAAAAAACGUCCCAUUUCUUUCAGUAUCCACCCUGGCUGGCCAUGACGUAACAAAUAAGACGUCAGCAUGACGUUGCUUCAACUAGCUAAUAUUGCCCACUAGGAUAUUGCUGUUGUGGUUGAGGCCUUUAAUGACCUCCCUGAUGUGUCUCACCUCUGUGUGUCACGCUGGCGUCUACAGUAUUACCUCAGCAGCAGGUGGAAGGCUGCCAGACAUGAGGAAUGGUACAGCUCAUUUAUUAUUCCUGGGCUGUGUGGAGUCGCAGAGGGGCUGACUCUAAAGGACGGACACACACACUUUACAGAUCCCAUUCAUCAACGACCAGGUUGUUUUCACCCAGCAUCUUUAAUUCACUUAUCCCUCUCUCCCUUUAGCCUUCAGAUCAUUUCUUCACUGGCGCACACAGUAUGGUUGCGUCCCAAAUGGCCCCUAUCUAUGGGUUCUGGUCAAAAGUAGUGCACUAUAGAGGGAAAAGGGUGCCAUUUGGGACCUGAGGAGGGAGGGACCUGCUGGGAGAGCACAUGUAUACACUUAGAACAAAGGAAGAAAACCUACACACAGCAAAUGCAGCUUCCAAGUGAUUUGAUAUACCACUAACCACAAUAUAGAGAACGUUUCAGCUAGCUGCAAUAGCUUCCAUAAAGGAAUGGAUGUGUAAUAUUACACACACACUGGACGAUUUAUGUAGCUCACACAGGUAUGCCAUCCAAAUGGCACCCUAUUCCCUAUGGGCCCUGGUCAAAAGUAGUGCACUCUAUAGGGAACAUUUGGGAUGCAGCCCAGGAGUGGCAGAGAAAGCUGGAUAAGGAGCCAUGUUUAAGACAUGCAGUGUGGAUUCAUUUCACUCUCCCUCCCCUGCUUCCCACGCUGGUUUCUUGAAGUGAGAGGAGGAGGAAGGCGGAAUGAACGAGAAUAGGGAAAUGGUUGGAGGAUAUGUGGAGGAUAUGACCUGUAGCUGACACUUGGAGUGUAGUUGGGGGGUGGGUAGGCAAAGAGACCUAGUGAGACAGCCUUGGUAGACAGACAAGGCUGUGUAUGUGUGUGCUGCAGUCCUUUCCUCUGGCUUAGUUUGGCAGCUGGGGGAGUGCUUGGGGAAUCCUGCAAAAUAAACAGUUUGAGAAACAUGGCCUGCUCCCCUUCUUCUCCACACCCACUGGUGAAUACUGCCCUCCCAUUGGAGGUGGAGGCUCUAGGCCUGCCUCUUUAACUCCGAUCAAGUUUUGGGGCUUAGGGGUGUGUGUGUGGAGCCUACAGACGAGGCCACGAAGCAACAUUAAGGAGACGUGACAUUUGCUGCAGCACUCUCCAUAGUGGAAUUCUCCACAGGCUGUGCUAAUGAAACGAGCUGUGUUGUGAAUCUAGAUGCACCCUAAGGAUUGGAGUUUCAAUUUGAGAAUGGUUUUGCGAAGGACUGAUGGCGAGAAAGGUUUCUGUUUUGUCAGGCUAAAUAGAGCAAUCUGAUAGAGGUGAGUGGAGCGGGAGAUGUAGAACGAGAGAUUGAGAAAACAAAAGAGAGCAAAUCUAAAAAAGAGAUAUGGGGAGAGGGAGACAUAGAUGGAUAGAGAGAGGUUAGUGUGAGAGAGAGCUUUUUGAAUUGGAUAAGAGCUGGGAAUAGGCUUCUAGCUGACAGGAGGAGAUUCAGGUUCUGCAGGUGUUUCCACCGGGAUACAACAGCCACUCAACUUUUCCUGGACAUCUGUCAGCAGUGUGUGUACGUUUUGUGUCCACACUCAUUUCCACCUCUGGGAUCAUGUGAGCUGUGGUUGAAGUAGGGACAGAUCUAUAAGUGGGUCGCUGGCUGGGUGGAGUUGCUACACUGAUGAAAGGCUUCCUGUCUCGUUCACUCGCUCUUGCUCUAGCUCUGUCUCAUCAGUGGGAGACGAGAGUAAGAAUGGUCUAACAUUUCUACUGCUGAUUGUUGCGACACUAGCAGGUGAUGACAGUCCCUUGUCAAAGCUGUUGAUUCACUGGGGACACCAUCAACACUCAGCAUUUCAGCAACUCUGUCCUAUUGCUCUUCUUCUUCCUCCCUAAACACAACACGCCUCUGGUUCCACACCAUAAGCCACUAAUGAACGACACCACCUGCAGUGAAUACAAGUGAGUUUAAUUUUCUGCUUACAGUAAGCUGUGAAAAGGCUGUUAGUCAAUCAAUCUUAUUUUAUAAAGCCAUUUUUACAUCUGCAGCCAAAACCACCCAGCCAAAAAACCCAAACAGCAAGCGAUGUAGAAGCACACUGUACGGUACAUCCCAAAUGGCACCCUAUUCCCUAUAUAGUGUACUACUUUUGACGAGCCCUGUGGGCCCUGUUCCAAAUUAGGACACCGUAUAGGGAUUAGGGUGCCUUUUGAUAUGUGUCCAUUGUGUUUGGCUGUGCUGCAACAGUUAUUACUGAGUCCUAUUCAGGGGCACCGCUGCACUGCAUACCUUAGUCUGUGGUGGUACUAUGAUGGAGUAUACAUCUUCAACUUGAACUCUUGAGUUGUUAUAACUGGCCAUAUCUAUGAGUGAGUGAUCUGUCAGUAUCUGAGAUAUCACUGACCUGAUUUACCACUAACCUCCCCCUCCAAAGCCAGGGCUCAGUGCAAAGCCUGCUUGUGUUCAAUCCAAAAAUGGAAGAACCUACAGACUGGGUAAGCUCAUUGGUUAUUGUGGUGAAAAAGAACGGCGAUCUCAGGAUAUGUCUAGACCCGUGAGAUCUCAACAAAGCAAUCAAGAGAAAGCAUUUCAAGUUGCCAACCAGAGAAGAGAUAAUGUCGCAGUUUGCUGAAGCAAAGUUGUUCAGUAAGUUUGAUGCCUCAUCAGGAUUCUGGCAAAUGAAGCUAGAUGAUGCACGCUCAAGGCUAUGCACAUUCAACACACCUGAGGGCAGGUACAGAUUUCAUAUGGGAUUCUCUCAGCGCCAGAGGUCUACCACAAGACAAUCCACAUGAUCUUCUAGCGCAUUCCAGGAGUGGAGACUAUGAUGGAUGACAUCAUCGUCUGGGGGUCCACAAAAGAAGAACACAAUGUGAGAGUGAGACAAGUGCUGGACCUGACACAGAAAGUCAACCUAAAACUAAACAAAGACAAAUGUGAGUUUGGUGUGAAGACACUUACCUUUGUGGGAGAUGUACUUUCAGAGGACGGAGUCAAACCAGACCCGAGGAAAACAUCAGCCAUUAACAACAUGGAGCGCCCAAAGAACGAGGACGACGUGAGACACUUCAUGGGCAUGAUCACCUACCUUGCAAAGUUCAUACCUCAACUGUCAGCACAGUCCGCUCCACUCCGCUCCACUCCGCUCCACUCCGAUGUCUUCUGGAACAGAAAAAUGAAUGGGAAUAGUCCCAUGAACAGGAAAACUGCUUCAAAAACCUGAAGAAGACAAUCACAGAAGAGCCAGUGCUCAGGUUCUAUGAUCCAGAGAAAAGCACAAGGAUUUCUGCAGACGCCUCACAGUUUGGCCUGGGAGCAGUUCUUCUGCAACAGAAUGACGACACAUGGCAACAUUAUGCGUCCAGAGCCUUGAUAGGCGCAGAGACAAGGUAUGCACAAAUAGAGAAAGAACUACUGGCAAGCACAUACGCUUGUGAAAGGUUUCACCAAUAUGUCUACGGACAAGACUUCGAAGUAGAAACUGACGACAAACCAUUGGUGUCAAUCAUGUCUAAGCCACUGAAUGAUUGUCCAAUGAGAAUCCAGAGAAUGUUGAUCAGACUGCAAAAGUAUGAUGUGAAGAUGAUCUUAAUCUUAAAGUUAAUGUUCGCCGCCGACACUCUUUCUCGAGCAGUCAACAAGAAGGAGAGCUUCGACACACAGAAAAACACUGAGAUUCAGGCCUACGUCGACAUGAUCGUAGCAUCACUUCCUGUGUCUUCUGAGAGAAUGGAGCAGAUCAGAAGAGAGACCGCAGCUGACCAAUCAAUGACGGAGUUGAAAGAAACAACACUAAUAGGAUGGCCUGCACAGAAAAACUGUCCAAGGAGAAUACAGGAUUACUGUAUAUGCAGAGCUCACCGUUGUGGAUGACAUAGUGUUCAAAGGCAACAAGAUUGUCAUUCCCAUGACACUACGCAAAUAAAUGCUACAAAAAAUACAUGAGGGCCACUUGGGUAAGGAAAAAAUGCAAACGACGAGCACGUGAAGUAAUGUACUGGCUAAGAAUGAACCAGGAAAUAAGCCAGACCACUGCUUCAUGUGAACUGUGUUUGACCUACAGGCCAAAGCAGCAAGCAGAGCCGCUAAUGCCUCAUCUAGUACCCAACAGACCCUACUACAAAAUUGUCAAAGGUCUGAUGAAAAAGGCACACGAUGGAAAGGAGGAUUUCCUAAAAAAUCUGAUGAUCUACCUCAGUGAACCGCUGCAGAACGGACUUUCACCUGCAGAAAUGUUGAGGGGACGUCACAUCAGAACCAACCUAACCAUCCAUGAGGACUUGCCAACACCCAGAGGUGCUCACAAAGUCAAACUCGCAAAGGAAAAACAGAAAGACAAACAAAAACAGCGACACGACAAACGUGCAAGACACUUACCUGAACUGAAACCUGGAGAUUGUGUACGACUCCGAGACAUCACUACAGGAACCUGGAUGCAGCAAGGGUGUGUGCAGAGAGAAGUUGCACCGCAAUCCUAUGAGAUCCAAACGGAGCAUGGAUCACAACUGGGUCGAAAAAGAGUGGAUCUAAGGCUUUAGCCAUUCCCUCAAGGGACUGAGGAUCAUCAGGAGGAUACUGCUGAAGCGUCAAAUGCCUUCAGAAAUGGACAAUUCGGUCAGAACACCCUGACUGACAAUGAACGCUGUCCAACUGUUUCAGGAAGCACUUCAGCAGAACGACCAACAACGACUGUCAGAGCCCCUGAAAGGCUUAUUGAGAAUUGCAAAAAAAUUCAAAAAAGGGGCACCUGGACUGAAUGUUUGGUUUAUGUGAAAAGAAAUAGGGCCACAAUAAAGUAUUUUUGUUCAGACUAUAUUUAGUUGAAAAGAUAUUAUAUUUUUAAGGGAAAAUAAUUUAGGGAAAGAAAUGUGUGUUAUUGAAAAUUGCAUGUUAUGCAGGUUGAGUAAACAAAUGUGAUGUGACGUGUAGUUACAUAGAAAAGUAGUUUUCUUUUAAAGGAAAGAAGAUGUGUUGUUAUGUGUUAAAAACAUUUAGACUACGUUACCCAGCAGGCUAUGCGGGCUAGGUGGAGGGUUAAAGAAUGCCUUGCAUAGCUAAACAUGGAGUUUUCUAGCUGAAGUAUAUGUUCAUUAAAAGUAGUUAAACCUACACCCCAGUUUGUCAUUAUAUAAGGAACAAACAUAACACAACUUAAUGGAAAUGUCAUGAUACUUUAUUUAUUAUACAAGUACCAUGAAUACACAAUUCCAAUAUACUAAUACAGGACAUGGACUCCUCUUACAACAGGAGGUUGCAGAGGGAGGGGUGUGCUCUGCCCCCAGGCCCGAUGCAGAACCGCAUGCAGGCCCACUUGAUUCAUGCCUGGUGCUAAAGACGAGAAGGUAAUGGCCAACAUUUAAUCCAGUCACUCAGCUCAACGCUCGUAUGACUGGUGUUGGAUUCGGGGUCAGUUAUCUGGGUGCAACUCAGGAUGGUGAAUGUACUGCUAGUUCAUUCUACAGCAAUUGCUAGAUUAAUGGAUGAGGAUAUGCCUUGUUUUGGAUGGCCCAAUAGAGGGAGAGAGGAUUAGUCGCAGUUCCUAUUGGCCCAGACGUGAUUAAUCAGACUAUGGUAAUCAGUAGUGUGUGUGUUAAGUGUGCAUGUACCAAGGCUGUUGAAAAUGUGAGGGGCUCCCCAGGUCUGCCACUGCACUUAUGCAUACAGAUGGUUACAGAGAGAGAGAGGGAGGAAGAGAGUGAGAGCAAGAGACCCUCACUGUCUCCACAUGCAGUAACUUUAAGUGAAAGCCUUUCCUCACUGCUCUGUUCUUUCCUCUGCUAUGCUCUGUAGAAUGGCCUUCCCUGCUGUGUCUGUCAAUAGCAUGCUUAAAGGUGUGUGUGUGUGUGUGUGUGUGUGUGUGUGUGUGCAUGCCUACUGCAUUAACAUCGAAUAGCGCUCGCGCUAUGCAACUUUUCAGGGAAGUUAGCAACCAAUAUACACAGGCAGUUAGGAAAGCUAAGGCUAGCUUUUUCAAA